UUUCUCGUGCUCAUUCAUCUGCUUUAUUUUUUAGCUUCUUCGUUUGAAGCUUGUUGAAUGUUGAUUUCAUUACAGGGAUGGAUCCCAGAUUGGUGGAGUCAGCGCUUAAUGGAAACGUUAUUGAACUGAAAAGAUUACUCGAAGAGGACUCCCUCUUACUGGAUAGAAGUUCAGUAGCCGUGUACCCUGAAACUGCCCUACACAUUGCAGCCAUGCGUGGGCAAACAGAGUUUGUGAGGGAGCUACUGAAGCUUAAACCAGAUUUAGCCACCAGAUUGGACAAGGGCGGGUUUAGCGCAAUACACAUAGCCUCUGCAAAUGGGUUUGAGGAAACAGUGAGAGAGCUAUUGAAGUUUAGCCGUGAGCUUGCCCUUCUCAAGAGCAGCGAUGGAAGGACUUCUCUUCAUUGUGCAGCUGCAACUGGGAGGAUUCAAGUCAUUAGGGAAUUGGUUGGCUUUUCCCCCGACUGCAUCAGAGAAGUGACGCUAAGAGGCGAGACUACGCUUCACAUAGCCGUGAAGUACAACCAAUUUGAGGUCUUUGAAGCCAUGUUUGAUAUAGUGAAGCAGCUUAACAUGCAGCAAAUUUUGAGUGCUGGGGAUGAAGAUGGCAACACUGUCUUACACCUUGCAGUUGCUAGGAAGCAGAUUCAGGUUGUGAAAUUGCUACUUGGUAGUGAUGGUAGCCAACUAAAAGCACCAGUCCUUGUGAAUCUAACCAACAAGAGUGGCUUCACUGCUUUGGAUGUGUCUGAUGUGAUACACCAAAUGGUGGGUGAACCCACUGAUUUGAUGCUCAGGGAUUUGCUUCUGCGUGCAAAAGCCUUGAGAGCGUCAGAGGUUCAACACGUUGAACCAGCUCAAGUAUUUCUUCACAGGCAGAUCUCAGUGACACAACUGCCUCCCGAGACUAGUACUCCCCAGACUCUCAGUCAGUUCUUAUUAUCUCACAUUAAACUUCUGAACCCUUUGACAUUUUUGAAAACGUUAGCAGAGGAAGUGAAAAAUUCACCAUCACAAACUCAAAAUGCUUUGCUGGUUGUGGCUGUACUUAUUGCAACUAUGACCUAUCAAGCCAUAUUAAGUCCUCCGCUUGGCGUUUCUAGCAAAGACGACGAUUCAAAAGGCAAUCCAAAAGACAAUAUUUCACAAGACGAUUAUGGAUACAUUUCACAAGUCCCUUAUGAAGGCAACUUAUACAGUAAACUCCUGGACUUCCUUCCAUUCAUGGUUCCCAACACUAUUGGAUUUUUUGUAUCGCUUACAGUGAUUAUUUUGGCUAUGGAUGAGUUUCCACUCAAAGCAUUGCUAGGGAUCGCUGUGCGUUGCAUGGGAGCAAGUUAUAUUUGCGGGCUUUUGUUGAUUGGACCUCCGACGUCGUAUACUGGUAAAAAUGCUUCCACCUUAGCCAAGAUAAUAAUAGCAAUAAUCGUCUUGAUCGACUUACUUCGCUUGACCUAUUGGUUAGUCAAGAGAUGGUUCAAAGAAACUAGACCGUCCCUACAAGCAAAUAGGCCUUUCGCAACAACAAAAUGUACCUUGAGCUAUCUAGUCAAGAAAUGGUUCAAAUAAAGUUACCCAUCA